UUCCACGGGAUGGCCGGAGUUCCCACGUGACCCGUAGGGGGUUGGGGGGAGAGGCGAGGAGGAGAAGGAAGCGACCGAGGAAGAGUGCCGGCGUUCCUGCCGCCGCCGCUGUCGCCCUACGUCUCUCCCGGUCCCGGCCGGCGGCGCCGAAAGCGGACCGUGUGGGGAGGCGGAUCCAUCAUGGCGUCUAUGCAGGUGAGCAGCCUGCGGCAGACUGGAGUGGCGCGUCCCUUCGUCCCCAGAAGAGGCUACAGAAAGAACUGCUAGCUUUGCAGAAUGACCCGCCACCAGGAAUGACCUUGAAUGAAAAGAGUGUACAAAAUUCAAUUACGCAGUGGAUAGUAGACAUGGAAGGGGCUUCUGGAACAUUAUAUGAAGGGGAGAAAUUUCAACUGCUAUUUAAAUUCAGUAGUCGGUAUCCAUUUGAUUCUCCUCAGGUUGUGUUUACUGGUGAAAAUAUUCCUGUUCAUCCUCACGUUUAUAGCAAUGGACAUAUCUGUUUAUCUAUUCUAACAGAAGACUGGUCUCCAGCUCUUUCAGUGCAAUCAGUUUGUCUUAGCAUUAUCAGCAUGCUUUCAAGCUGCAAAGAAAAGAGAAGGCCACCAGAUAAUUCAUUUUAUGUAAGAACAUGUAACAAGAAUCCAAAGAAAACAAAAUGGUGGUAUCACGAUGACACUUGUUGACACCAUCAUUCUAUGAUUCAACUAACAGAAGAUAGUCCUACUGAGAAAAUGAGCACUUUGAUCAUUCAGUCUUUGAACUUUAACCUCCUGACUGGAAACGAUAAAUAGGCAAUGAAGACUACUUCCUUUGACUGAAUUUUUACUAGUAUGCAUUCUGGGCGCAUGUUGAUCGCUGGUUCACACCAUGCUACUGACAUGCCUUUUGUAGUCAUACAAUGUUAAUGCUGGAAAAUGUCAUUCAAUUUUAACAUUCGAAAGAAUUCAGGUCUUCAUGUAUUGUGCAAUAAUACGAAUUUCUUGGUGGUUUUGGUAUAUCCAUUGCCACAGAAGAUUGUAUCAGGAAACAUAUAUGCUUUCCACACAAUAGUUUAGAUGCAUGAUAGGGCCUAUGAAAGGUUUUAAGUAUAUUAAGAUGAUAAGUAACCUAUCUUUUACUUUGAAAGCCACCUAAUUUGUUUAGAUAUGGAUUCUGUGCACUGUGAUAAUAAAACUAGCAGCAUAAGUUAAAACAUGCUUAACCAAGAAAUUAAUAAGAUCAUUGCAUAUUUACUGAACUGCCAGUGUCUUGACAAGCAAGUUUUUUCAAGUUAUGUCAGCAGAAAGGUACGUUCUAUGGUAGAAUAAAUAUCUUUUGUUUGUGUAUGUUAUAUUUCUGAAGAGAAGGUAUGAAUAAAUAAGGCAGAAGUGGUUUAAUCAAGGAAAACCAUGUUAUGAAAUAGAAACAGAGAGCAGUGAUAAAACUGAAUUUGCUGCAGUCCAUGAUUGGGCUUGUUAAUAUGUAUACUAGAGCUAUUUUCCAAGUAGAUUGCACACUGUUAUUUCAUACUAGCCUUCAGCAUGAGCCCUGUUGCCUACACAAUACUUCAUUUAUUUAUGUGUCUAAAAAUUUGAGUUCACCGUUUCUUUUGUGGUCUUAUAUGUCAUAUUUGAAUGUUACAAAACAAUAUUUUCACUAAAAAGCUAUCAGAAGAUAUUUUCUUGUAAAUUAUUUCUUUAUUAACAUUAUCUUGUCUUUUAAUUCUGUACCAUAAAGGAAGAAAUACAUUUUGGACAGAGAUGAACUGUUUUGACAAAAAGUGUGGAUCUUUUUAUUUAAACUUAAGACAAAUAUAUAUAAAUAUAUAUAUUUUUCUUACCUUACUUGUCCCAUACAGCCAUAACAAUUUUCCAGGUUUUCUUUAAA